AUGGUUACAACAGUCUUCACCAAUGGCCGUGUUCUCUUUCCAGGCAUAUGGGGUAACUUUGUCCCUACCAUGGUAGUCGAGGACGACCGUAUCAUGCACAUUGGCUGGGACCGUGACCAAGCCGUUGUUCGGGUUCAAGCGACAGCAUCAACAGUGGACUUAAAAAAUCGAAUGGUCCUCCCGGGGUUUAUCGAUAGCCACGUGCACAUCCUCAAUUUCGGCCUGUCGCUGCAGAAACUCGACCUCCUGCCUUGCAAGAACCUCGCAGAUAUCCAAAAUGCCAUCACUUCAUAUGCAGCAACUCAUCCAUCCGAUCCACGCAUUUUGUGCCGAGGUUGGGUCCAGUCGGUUACAGAUGGAAACGCUUUUGCAACAGCCUUGGACGACCUAGAUCCACGUCCCAUCUACAUCGAGGCGAUGGACCUCCACUCAACUUGGUGCAAUAAUGCAGCCCUCAAAGAGCUAGAGGCUCACUCGAAGCCCGAUCCUCCAGGAGGAAAAAUUCAUCGCUGCCAGAACGGGAUCCCGUCUGGCUUACUCGAAGAGGCUGCGCAGUUCCAUAUCGUCUGGCCGUUCUUGGACCGAGUCACGUCCAUGGAGAAGAAGGUAGCCGCGAUCGAUGCUGCGAUCAGUGCGCAUCAACGUGCUGGGUAUACUGGUCUCGUGGGUAUGGGUAUGGGAGAGAGUGAGUGGUCGGCAUUGAACAUCUACAAAAGCCAACGUGGUGAAAUUCCAAUGCAUGUGGCGGCGUACUGGUUGGUGCCCUACUCAAAACGUGAUUCUGAUAUCUACGGUCAUAUUGAUCGCGCCAUUGAGCUUCGACAAACCUUCAACCGCAAAACCUCCCCGGAGUUUUGCAUCAAUGGCAUUAAGCUCCUAUGUGACGGCACUGUGCAUGAGUGUACAGCGGGACUACACCAGCCAUGCGGUAGACUUUCCAACAUCGUCGAUCCCAUCUGGCCUUCUGAUGCCCUUGCAGCAGCUAUUCGCCGGGCUACCGAUGCCGGCCUGCAGUGCGCUAUUCACGCAAUCGGGGAUCGAACAGUGCAGCAGGCUAUUGACUGUUUAUCGCUGAUUCACAACCUACCAGCCUGUCGCCAUCGUAUUGAGAAUUUAGAGAUAACAACUUCCAAAGAUGCGAGAAGGCUUGGCCAACUAGGAAUCGUGGCCUCAGUCCAGCCUGGCCACCUAGACCCAGCGACCUUUGACGGGCGGCCGGACAGGCUUGGGACUCAGAGUUCCAGGCGGGUUUUCGCGUACCAAGACUUCGUCGAUGCCGGCGCUCAUUUGGCCUUUGGGACCGAUGCUCCCACAGCGGAGCAUCACGCACUGUCGAAUCUUUACAUUGCUACUACUCGGCGGUCGUCCAUUGAUCCGUCCUUGCAAGAUACCGUCAAUCCCAAAUCCGCAGUUUCCCUCAAGACGGCUAUCUCAGCAGCUACUGUGGGGGGUGCGUAUGCGUCCUUUUCCGACUCGUGGACAGGGACUCUACGUCCAGGAUUUAGUGCCAAUUUCGUUGUUCUGGAUAUGAUCUUAGCCCCGGAAUCUCUGUUAGAAGCUCGGGUGUGCCAAACCUGGUACAAGGGAAAGAAGGUGUUUGAUGAAGAAGUGGGUGGCGUGUGA